UGCCAAAAUCAAAAUCCCAUAAGGCAAUGAGUGACGAGGCGUGGAUGUCCCGUCUGCAGCGGUUUGCAUCCUCAGGGAACUGGCCUUCUGAUGCUGGAAACAGACCUGCGCCCCGGCAGAGGAAAUGGCAUGACCUCUUUCAGCAGAUAAAGAAAUGUCCGAUGCAGAUUCCUGGACGGCCAUCGGUGAACUGCUUAUGUGGAUUCCACUCGCACCGGGAUGAAGAAGAUGAUCCUGCUCCUCCUGCAGCUGAUUUGGACUCCGCUCACGAUCCUGGUCCUGGUCCGGUUCAGUUUUGGCUUCCAGAUGAGAUGAGAGAAACAAUCCCGUCAGAAGAUCAGAGGUGGAUCGCAACAGAGCUCUUUCACGGCGACAAACUUCGUCCACAGGUGAACAUGUGGUACGAUCCGCCGGUCCCAGCGCAGACCUCCGUCCAGGCUCCAUCUCCGGAGCAUUUCCUCAGUCACAGCCUUCUGGUUUGGAUGCCUAACCACUUGUGGAAGGCCGAGCUGCUUUGUCCUGUCUGCGGCAAACAGUUGCUUCACCACAGUGUCCACAAGAGAGUCCGAAAGGUCCUGGACAUUGACAGGUAUUAUCUUAUGAUGACGGAGAUGCUCCGGUGUACUUCAUGCCAGCUAAACUACCUGUCCAGCAGCCAGACUGUCCUGAACCAGCUGGACUUACCUCGCCGUCAGUUGUUCAGACUGGUUUUGACAGAGCGGUAUGCAUGUGACAUGCGUGUUGUCCGCAUGCUGAGAGAUCGGACGCUGAGCUUCACCCGUCUGGCUGAGCAGCUGAGAAACAUUCAUGGAGGCGAGUGGCUUGAUCAGUUGUCGCUCUACAUGGGCGAGUGUGCAGACUUUGUCAGUCGCCCCAGACUCUUCCCGGCUGCGUGUCCUGAGCCACCGGAGCCCAGCGACAUCCCUAAUAGCCAAUGGCUGCUGUCGGUUUACGGCCGGGACAUCGUCAGUCGGCUGGAGCACAUGAAGGCCAGCAUCACCUCAACAUUUGGGUCCAUAUUAAAAUUACAUUCAUCAGUGCAGAUUGCAAGGAAACUGUCGGGAAGAGCUGAAGGAGACAAGCACUGGUUGUACUCUGUGUCCAACGAGACGGGUCAGGUCCUUAUCAGCGUCCUCACGGCUCAGGAAGGACCCGGUCUGGACUCCAUGGCCUCAGGCUUGAUGAAUCGUUACCGGCAGGCUGCCACGGCUCCUCCGGUGCUGAUGUACAUGGACUCCGGCUGCUGUAGUGAGAAUGGGCACAAGAGUGAGAUGCAGGCCAGGUUUGGAGGAUGGCCUGACCUCCACAUCAGGCUGGAUGUCUGGAGCUUCAUGCUCCGUUUGGCGGCUGGGUGCACGUCUGACACCCAUCCCCUGUACUCAGCUUUCAUUGCACGUCUGUCAGUCUGCAUCUUCCAAUGGGACCCGCUCGACCUCGCCCUGCUUCGGCAGACAAAAAGAGAGCAUCUGGAGCAGGAAGGGGUGCCGUUCAUCACGAAUGACCUCGUAGACAGCCAGAUUACCGCGAGAGAGCUGGUGCUUCACUGCCGCCGCAGGACCCGUGGAGUGGAGACCACUGUUCGCUAUGUUGAGCAGCUUUUGCAGGAGCUGAAGAACUGGAGGGAUCCGUUCGGCGUCCCUCUGCUGGACGCGGUUAAGAUGGAGAACAUCUGGCAAGAUCAGAAGAAGCACGUGCCGUGCAUUCAGGAUGUGCCAGGUGUGAUUCUGUACACUGAAACAGGCACCAGUGUCACCAGGAGAGGACUGAUUCUCACUAAAUACAGGUGUGCCAGGGGCUUGACGGACCUCCAGUCUUUCCACCGACAUCUCAACAGCUUCAUUCCAGGUGCUGGUGCUAACAGCCUGAAUUUCCAGUUGUAUCUUCUGGAUGGCUUGUACAAGUGGAAUCAGGAACAGUUAGCGACGUCAAUCGGCACCAAACCCUCAUCUGUGCUCAGCUAUGCAGGAGAGAUAGUGGAAUACGUCAACGACAACUACCUCCAGCUGUUCGGCCGGAAGCUCGUGCGGACUUUCCCUCCACCCAAACAAUACACUGGAGAGCUCAUUGGAGUGGACUAUUUGCUCAGGCAAAUGGGACAGCCACCUCAAACAGUGGACCCCGACACCGAGGAGACCAUCAGGCUGCUGGAGGAUGUAAAUGAUGAAGGGCAGGAGGAUGGGGGGUUUGAUGAAGAUGUCAGUAUUGACCCAACUGUGAGUUUAUUCCUUGAUGAUCCACCAGCCUUUCCCUCCACCUCGUCCACAGCUGAAGAUGCCCCAGUACAGAUCCCUGAGACAGUGAAAAAUGAGAACCCGUCAGGUUUGGAUCAGGUAGACAGACUCGCUGAUUAUCUUGUGGAUCUGAGGACUGAGAAUCAUCUCAGCAGCACGCAGGUCAGUGACAUUGUGCAGCUGUGGCACAACAUGUCUGAGCUCAAGAAACAGCAGAGGAGCUCAACGUCUUCGCCUCAGCAGCGCUGUCCCCUCGUGGAUGCCAUUUUACUCAGGCUUUGUGAGAUCUACAGGGGCCCGGACGAAGAGGAGACAGUAUGGUCCCUGGUUUUACAGGAUUACUGCAAGAUACGCCAGCUGAUCCUGGCUGAUGCUAACCUGCAGCUGCUGGAUAUGAGUAAGAGCCGUCUGAUGCAGUGGCGUAAUCAAACCCAUGCAGCCGCAGGAGAACAAGCUCCCCCGAAGAGGCCCCCGGUAGAUAUAGCCAAAUUUCCAGCUGUCCGACCCAAGCUAGCAGCACAAAUGCAACCAGUCGUCCAGCUUCUCCCCGGGAAGCCUUUGGGGACCUUCGGCCCUCGCUCGGCCUCAACCCUCACUGUGGUUGCGAUUCCACAACGCCUCGUUCCUCUACCUCCGGCUACGCUUUUGUUCAUCCCAUCGACUCCUCACAUCGUCCCAGCUUUGAGCAGACCGGGCUCCCAGCGUCCCGUCGCCCGGCGCACCUGCAACAGGAAGGUAGAAGCCAACACCUGCAAGAAGUGUGGGUCGUUCAGGACGGCCGCGACCGGACACAGUCAGUUUAGAGGCACUGUCUUCUGCCCUGCCACAGAAACCCUGUCCAAAGAGCAGUGGCUGGAGAAAAUGAGAAGAAAGUAGAUUUACAAGUGUGUUGUUGUUGUUGUAAUUAUCCUUUGCAUAUGUGUGAUUAUUGUUUGUGUGUUUGGUUUUAUAACAGUCAGCGACUGGCUAAUUUGAAUAAAAAAUUAUUUUGUAGUUCACAAAGCA